AUGGAAACUCUCAUCUUAGCUGAAGAACAUUAUUACGAGAAGAAACCUCCUUCCAAAACUUUCAGGCAAAUCAACUGCAGAACGUUUCACUCCGGAGUUGGUUUGCUUCCAAGGCCACCACCACCAAAGAGAACAGCCUCUUCAUCAACAACCAAAGGAGUUCACUUUCACUCUCCUCGUUCUCCCAAGUCAGUUUUGCCGUCUCUUAGAACCAGUCCCAUCCCUAUUACUGACGAAAGGAGAAGCCUUUCUUACUCUGAGCUGUGGGCAGGACCCACUUACUCCAACUCUCCCCCGCCCACUUCUGUUCCCAUCCCCAAGUUCUCUCUCCGGGGAAAGAGGACGGUCUCUCUGACCUUCCCUGAUGUUGAUCUUCCUGAAGUUGCCAAGUCUGCUCCGGUCUCUCCAACCUCGUCUGGUGAUGAUAACCCUUUUAACAGUACUGUCUCCGCCACUAUGACGCUGCGUCGCAUGCUCAAUAUUGAGUUUGCAGAUGCGUGA